AUGUUCUGGCGAUUCGGCGGAUAUGGCAACCUAUCCACCCUCGGCGCCAUCCUCGACAAGCCCGAUGUCACCACCGAGGAGCUGCUGGACGAGAGCGAUUUGAUUCAAGAGCUGAAGCAGCAGAAUGGCAAGCUGAUUGAAUUUCUCCGGGAAGAGUCGGUCCUGAAAAAACUCCUCAAAUAUGUCAUCUCCGACGAACCCCCGGAGAGUCCGACUCCCAAGGACAAACCCGACUCACCCAAGCCGGAAGAGAAGGAGACUUAUUCGUUCUUCGGCAAGGGCAAAGGCCGGUCAAGAGACAGCAAAUCCAUCAACAAGAAAGAUGACGAAGGAGAGACAGAGCAGGAAGCUCAGGAGGCGAAACGAAAGAAGUAUGCGUAUGUGUCUUGUGAAGUGCUGUCCUCCGAGGUUUGGUCCAUCGCGGAAGCCAUCCUCGACCAACCCGAUAGCCUGCGCGAGUUCUGGCAGUAUAUGCACCGUCCCGCACCUCUCGACCCUCUACAAGCCGGCUAUUUCACCAAGGUCAACGAGGCUUUGCUGGACAAGAAGACUGCAGAGAUGCUCACUUUCUUCAAGUCGCUGGAUGGCAUCCUACCCGCCAUGCUACAACAUGUCGACUGCCCCAUGGUGAUGGAUCUCUUGCUGAAGGUCAUCUCCCUCGAAAAACACGAAGGAGGCGCAGGCAUUGUCGACUGGUUGCAGCAGCAGGAUCUCAUUCCCCUCCUCCUCGGCUACUUGUCUCCCGAACACACUUCCGCCACCCAGACAUCUGCAGGCGACUUCCUCAAGGCCAUCAUUACAAUCUCCGCAAACGCUACCACUCAGGAUCAAUCCGUAAUUGGACCAAACGAACUGACCCGUCAGCUUGUCUCGGAGGAGUGUGUCACGAGAUUGAUCGAGAAUAUGCUCCGAGGCGGCAAUCCGCUCACAGUUGGCGUCGGCAUCAUCAUCGAAGUCAUUCGCAAGAACAACUCCGACUAUGAUCUCGAUGGCCAGAUCGGACCUGAACCCAAAACCUCUGAUCCCAUCUAUUUGGGCACGCUCUUGCGACAAUUCGCAAGCCACGUACCGGAUUUCACGAAACUCAUUCGCUCGCCGUCGGCCAAGAGACCUGACCUCAAAGUCGCCUUCAAUGGUAGGAUUGAACCACUUGGAUUCGAUCGGUUUAAGACUUGCGAGCUCAUGGCCGAGUUGCUGCACUGUAGCAACAUGGGUUUGCUGAACGAACGUGGGGCUGAGGAGGAGGUGAGAAAGAGGGAUGCGGAACGACACAGGCUGAAAGCCGAAGGAAAACUCGGCACACCGAAAGCGUCUGCGAGUCCCAGCCUGGAAAACAGUCAUGACGGAUUCAGCAGCUCGGUCGACUCGCACGGCUUCCACCAUGCUGAGCGACCGACAGACGAUGAGAUGGACGAGAAGGCAUCCGGCGCAAAGACGCUGGACGGGCAGAACACGACCGAUGAAGACGGGUUUGAGAAGGUGAACGCGCCUUCGACGGAUGAGCUGCCGGAUGAGGUGAAUUUCUCCGACAUCGAGGAGAAAGCAGAGCCUCCCAAAUCACCGACCUCCCCCAAACGUGCAACACCGCCUCCUACAAGCCCCAAGAGUGAAGCGUCCAAGCCGGCGCCUCUUUCGCCCCGCAAACAAAACCCACUGCAUUUCGACCCUCCACCCACCCACGCCAUCGAUUCCCCCACCACGGCUGGAGUCACCGACGAGAUCAAUAAGCUUGGUGUCGACGAGGACACGGUGAUGACGGAAUACGGCGAGGAUCCGAUCGACAAUGACGACGAUGGACCUUCGGAACUGGAGAGAGAGCUCGCGAAGCAUUCAGCGGAUACCCCGGCACCUCUCUUUGCACCCCGACAAAGCUCAUUAGGUGCUCCGCCGACUGCGAAUGAAGAGUCGGACGAUAUCGAUCAAAGCAUAGCGACUAUUCAAGGCGAGCAGCCCAAUGCACCAAAUGGUGAGCGAGCCCCGUAUGAGACGGAGGCGGAUGGCAGCCCUGUCGUGGGGGAUCUGCUAAAGAUUCAAUUCGUCGAACACCAAGUCGUGCCUACCAUACUUGACUUCUUCUUCCGCUUUCCAUGGAACAACUUCUUGCACAAUGUCGUCUACGAUGUUGUACAGCAGGUCUUUAAUGGAACGCUAGAUCGAGGAUACAAUCAGACUGUGGCGUUCGAUCUAUUCUCUCCCGUCGAAGCGAAGGAUGGUGAGACGCUACAAGACAUCGGUCUACAUUCGACCAAGGAUAUUACCGACCGAAUCCUCGACGGCCAACAAGCCUCCGAUGUUUCGCAAACAGAGAAGGGCAUGCGACUGGGGUACAUGGGCCACUUGACGCUGAUUGCCGAAGAGGUGUGCAAGUUUGGCAAUCGACAGCCGCCCGAAUGCUUGGACCAAGCCGUCUUCGAUCGCGUGAACCGAGACGAAUGGAUCCAAUACGUCGAGGGCCCGCUCGCGGAUACUCGGGACAAAGACAACGCCGUGCUUGGUGGUGUGCGACCUCAAGAUUCGAUGGGUGGCAGAUCAAUCGGACUGGGAGGCGGCCCCGGCUUCACGGCGAACACGGCCAGCACACUCGCUAACGCGGGCAUCGGCUCGGGCCUUGCAUCUCAGGAAGGAGGGCAGAGCUUUGAAAUCACCGGCGGCACCAUGCUAUCGGGGUUCGGGGACGAAGAGGACGAUGACGAUGACAUGGCGGAAGAGGGCUUGGUCAGGGAAGAGAGCAGGUUGCAUGGCAUUUCCGACGACGAACAGGUGGGUGAACUUUCCUUUGAUGUUGAUAUGGACUACCGGUGA